CAGGCGGGCAGGGCAGAGUCCUGCGGGCAGCCUGGGUACGGGAACAGCUGGGAAGAGCCCGGAGCCGCUGGGGGGGGAAGACAUCCCACGCCAUUUCCAGAGGGAUUGCAGGCGGGCAGCGAACACCCCACCGCGAUGUCGCGGCCGCUGUCGGACCAGGAGCGGCGGAAGCAGAUCAGCAUCCGCGGCAUCGUGGGCGCCGAGAACGUGGCCGAGCUCAAGCGGGGCUUCAACCGGCACCUGCACUUCACCCUGGUCAAGGACCGCAAUGUGGCCACCCCACGCGACUACUACUUCGCCCUGGCCCACACCGUGCGCGACCACCUGGUGGGGCGCUGGAUCCGCACCCAGCAGUACUACUACGAGAAGGAUCCCAAGAGGAUUUACUACCUCUCCCUGGAGUUCUACAUGGGGCGGACGCUGCAGAACACCAUGAUUAACCUGGGGCUGCAGAAUGCCUGUGACGAGGCCGUGUACCAGCUCGGCCUGGACAUAGAAGAGCUGGAGGAAAUCGAGGAGGAUGCCGGUCUCGGCAACGGGGGUCUCGGCAGGCUGGCUGCCUGCUUCCUGGACUCCAUGGCCACGCUGGGGCUGGCAGCCUAUGGCUACGGCAUCCGCUACGAGUACGGCAUCUUCAACCAGAAGAUCCGGGAUGGGUGGCAGGUGGAGGAAGCCGACGACUGGCUCCGGCACGGCAAUCCCUGGGAGAAGGCCCGUCCCGAGUACAUGCUGCCCGUGCACUUCUACGGCCGCGUGGAGCACUCGGACACCGGCGCCAAGUGGAUCGACACCCAGGUGGUGCUGGCACUGCCCUACGACACCCCCGUGCCCGGGUACAUGAACAACACCGUCAACACCAUGCGCCUGUGGUCGGCCCGGGCCCCCAACGACUUCAACCUGCGCGACUUCAACGUUGGAGACUACAUCCAGGCCGUGCUGGACAGAAACCUGGCGGAGAACAUCUCCCGUGUCCUCUAUCCCAACGACAACUUCUUUGAGGGGAAGGAGCUGAGGCUGAAGCAGGAGUACUUUGUGGUGGCUGCCACCCUCCAGGACAUCAUCCGCCGCUUCAAAGCGUCCAAAUUCGGGAGCACAGACACCGUCCGAACCGUGUUUGACUCCUUCCCCGACCAGGUUGCCAUCCAGCUGAACGACACACACCCCGCCAUGGCCAUCCCUGAGCUGAUGAGGAUUUUCGUGGACAUCGAGAAGCUGCCGUGGGAUAAGGCCUGGGACCUCACCAGAAGGACCUUCGCCUACACCAACCACACGGUGCUUCCCGAGGCCCUGGAGCGCUGGCCCGUGGACCUGGUGGAGAAGCUGCUCCCCAGGCACCUGCAGAUCAUCUAUGAGAUCAACCAGAGACACCUGGACCACAUCGCAUCCCUCUUCCCUGACGACGUGGAGCGGCUGCGGAGGAUGUCCCUGAUCGAGGAGGAGGGCAACAAGAGGAUCAACAUGGCCCAUCUCUGCAUCGUGGGCUCCCACGCCGUCAACGGCGUGGCCAAGAUCCACUCCGAGAUCGUCAAGACCCAAGUCUUCGAGGACUUCGCAGAGCUGGAGCCGGAGAAGUUUCAGAACAAGACCAACGGGAUCACCCCCCGGCGUUGGCUCCUGCUCUGCAACCCGGGGCUGGCGGAGCUCAUCGCGGAGAAAAUCGGGGAGGACUAUGUGAGGGACCUGAGCCAGCUGACCAAGCUGCACGAGUUCGUGGACGACGACCUGUUCAUCCGGGAGGUGGCCAAAGUGAAGCAGGAGAACAAGGUGAAGUUCGCGCUGUACCUGGAGAAGGAGUACAAGGUGAAGAUCAACCCUUCCUCCAUGUUCGACGUGCACGUGAAGAGGAUCCACGAGUACAAGCGGCAGCUGAUGAACUGCCUGCACAUCAUCACCAUGUACAACCGAAUCAGGAGGGAUCCUGUGAAGCUGUUCGUGCCGAGGACGGUGAUCAUUGGGGGCAAGGCUGCCCCAGGAUACCACAUGGCCAAAAUGAUCAUCAAGCUCAUUAACGCUGUGGCUCAGGUGGUGAACAACGACCCCAUGGUGGGGAGCAAGCUGAAGGUCAUCUUCCUGGAGAACUACAGGGUCUCCCUGGCAGAGAAAGUGAUCCCUGCGACCGACCUGUCGGAGCAGAUCUCCACGGCGGGCACCGAGGCGUCGGGCACGGGGAACAUGAAGUUCAUGCUGAACGGGGCCCUGACCAUCGGCACCAUGGACGGAGCCAACGUGGAAAUGGCCGAGGAGGCCGGGGAGGAAAACCUGUUCAUCUUCGGCAUGAGGGUGGAGGACGUCACGGAGCUGGACAAGAAAGGGUACGACGCCCAGCUCUACUACGACCGGCUCCCCGAGCUGAAACAAGCCGUGGACCAGAUUAAGAGCGGCUUCUUCUCCCCCAACGAGCCCAACCUCUUCGACGACGUCAUCAACAUGCUCUUCCACCACGACCGGUUUAAAGUCUUCGCAGACUACGAGGCUUAUGUGAAGUGCCAGGAGAAGGUCAGCGAGCUGUACCUGAACUCCAAGGCCUGGACCAAGAUGGUCAUCAGGAACAUCGCGGCGGCCGGCAAGUUCUCCAGCGACCGCACCAUCAAGGAGUACGCCCGGGACAUCUGGCACGUGGAGCCCUCCGACCUGAAGAUCCCCCCGCCCAACGAGCCCCGGGACGCGGCCCAGGACAAGACCCCCAACGGCACAGCGGCGUAGGGACCCCCCCGGAGCCAGGGGCCGGAGCCAGGGGCCGGGAGCACAUGCGCUGUAAAAUUCUCUGCUGUCUUAGUCUGUGUGUCGCUGCUGCUGGCUUUCCUACGUACGGAGCGGGAACCGGGAAAGGGGCGGGAUUUUUAUAACGUCAGGUGUCGUGCGGAAAGCGAAAAAACCACGUCGCCCUGUUUUGCUUGCAUUAGGUGCUAAAAAUAAAAAGUGCCAUUGGAGUCCAAGGGGCUGUUUGCUGAAGCCUAAAAUUAGGGACUGGGCUUGCUUCCACCAACGUUAACGGCCAGGGAUGGGGUGGGCAGCACAGCUGGACACAGCUGGACACAGCUGGCUGGGCCCUUGCAGGCGCUGCUGAAGCAGGAUAUGGGGGUGCAGCCCUUGCCAGCCCUGAGGCACCAGUGCCAGGGGGUUGAAGGGUGUUUGAAGUCAGGCUCGUGUACCCCCACCACUGAUCCAUGGGAUCCUCCCACUCACGGCUCUGGUGACCCAGACCACACCAGUGUCUCCAUCCCUCGAGUCACCUGCAGCAUCCUCGAGGCAGGGGGCGAAUUAAAAGGUUUUUCAGUAGUUUUUAUUACUUACAGCAGUAAGCUCAGUGCCAUGUGGGGGUCCUGGAGUGGGAUGGAGGGAGCACGUGGUCGCUGCACGCAGCAGUUGGCGUCACUUCAUGUUCAAAAAGUCUCUGCAAACAAGAUGUAAUAAAUCUUACACUGUGUCA